ACUAUUUUAGUGAUGUGAUUACAAAAAGAUACGAUGAUCAAGGAACAUCAGUGCAGUGUAACAGGGAGAUGUUGAGUAAACAAAAGAUACAGGAAAAGUUACCCGUGUUUGUUAACGCAUACAGACUACAUACAGACAUCGAUAUUGUAAAAUGUGCAAAAAAACGCGACAGAAAAAUAAACAUUACACAACGCGAACAAGUUUUCUAUUGUCAAAAACCUGAAUUAAUGGGUUUAUCAGAUAUCUUUAUCAAUUGCGGAGAAGUAAUGGUAAUUGGAUGUAGUUAUAAUUUAUCAAAACAAUUUAAAAAAACAAUUGGAAAAUACAUGCUUGACAAGUUUCGCGUUUGA